AUGGAUUUCACGUGGCGCACGCAAGUGGUCACCCUCGCCCUCACCUUCGUGGGCGGCCUCGCCACCGUUCUCGGCGGCUCGCUGGCGCUGCUGGCCGGCAAGCCCAAACCGCGGAAGCUGGGGGUCAUGCUGGGCGGCUCGUCGGGCGUGAUGCUCUACAUCGCGUUCGCCGACCUCAUCCCCUAUUCAGCCCUCGCCAUCGGCCAUCCCUACACCUGGCUCUUCUUUGUGUUGGGCGUGGUCGGCUCCUCGCUGGUAAUGUACUACAUGCCCGAACCGCACUUUGCCGGCGGCGACGACAAUGAGGACCACGGCCACAGCCACGGCCAUGGGUCCCGAGAGGAACGCUCCGGGUGCGAAAACGCCGAGGCGCGCCACGGCCCGACGAAGGCGGGGCUAGCGGCGGCGAUUGGCAUGUGCAUCCACAACUUGCCGGAGGGCAUCGCCGUCUACAUCUCGUGCCUGCGAGGGCUGGAUGUGGGGUUGAGCCUUGCGGUGGCGAUCAUCAUCCACGUCAUCCCCGAGGGCAUGGCCAUCACCGAGCUCAUCUACCACUCAACCGGAAGGAGUUCGUUGUGGGUUGGCAAAUAUUCUCAGGUGCUGCAAUCAGCAACCCCUUGA